GUUCGGAACGACACAACGGUGAAGCCAUGACGCCAAAUCAUUGAACAACUUCCACAUGGACGCGAUGACUGCGACGCGCUCGUCAUCACCUCUGCCGGCCCUCCAGGAAGAGAUGCUCAAUGCUAUGUUGUUAUUUCUACCCCUUGACGACGCCCUCUCAAUGGCCCGCACGUCAAACACUCUUCGCGAUGGUCUCCAUGCUGCGUCCACUUAUUGGACGCAUGUUACACUGACAGAAGCGACGUCGACGAUGCUGAAGCAACUGGUUCCAUUUGCGAAACACAUCCGCAGACUGACUUGCAUUAAGUCGACAGCGUCGGAAGAAGCAUGGAUUCACUUUGCGUGCCACACAAAACAUCUCGAAGUCCUGAAUGUGGCUGGUAGUAAGCACUUUUCCCACGUGGCUUUGACUGCUUUUGCCGAGUUGAACUCGUCCUCGCUUGUUGAAGUCUACGCUGACAAUUGCGCGUACAUUGCCAACACAUCGGCUUUGAAAAACUGUGCAGCCCAACUCCGUGUCUUGUCGCUCAGCCGUUGCCGUCAGUUAACGACUGCCGACAUUGUUACUCUCGUUCAGGAAGCCCCCAAGCUCACUGUGCUGAACCUCAAGGGGUGCCCUCACAUCAGUCCUGUGGAUGUGCUGACGAGUGCUACAUCGUGUUGCCCACAAUUGCAAACUCUCACCUUGGGUGGCAGCGGUCGUUUUGUCAAAGACGUCAACUUGCACCUCACUACUGCAUUCGGCUCCACUCGAUCGUUGUCCUUGGAAUAUCUGGAUCUGUCGUGCAGCAAUCCGUUUGGGUCGCGCUCGCCAUUGUCCAACGAGGGCCUUGAGCCUCUCUUGCGAUCGGCGCCGAUGCUGAAAGAACUGUCGCUGAAGGGCCACUCGAACUUGACUCGCGACGUAUUUGAAGCAAUGCCGAAAGGACUGACGUCGUUGGACUUGACUGGCUGUACGCGACUUGCACUGGACCUCAAUGCGCUGGGCAACUUCCAAGCACUCGAGCAACUCACCGUGCUCUUGUGCCCAAACGUCGACGUGACAAGUGUCCAACAUCUUCAGGACUCCAACGCCAACCUGACCAAAGUCGACAUCGAGGCAAGGCCCUCGCCGGUGGCUGUGCACUAAGUGCAUGGCUUUAGUAUUUAUAAGCCCCAAAUCUUGACUCUAUUUAUUCCGUGUCACUCUUUGUGCUUCAUGUUGGACCCAAACACGUUGAACUCCAUGGUUCACCAUGUUUGGCAUCAUGUCCCUUUCAUGAAGUGUCGCAAUGGAGUCGAAAGGUUUUUGAAUUA